AUGGGCUGGCCUAUCAUUGGCGAGAGCCUUAAUUUCAUCUCCAAGCCAACUGCAUUUUACAACGACAGACGAACGAAAUACGGCCGCGUGUACAAAACCCACCUUCUUGGCCAACCCACCAUUCGCGUCAUCGGCGCAGAAAACGUCCAGAAAAUUCUGACUCACGAGGAUGAGCUGGUUACUCAUCGUUGGCCAAGUAGCACGAGAACCAUCAUGGGCGAGAACGGUGUCAUCCACUCCGGUGGGGCCGAACACAACUCUCGCAGAAUAGCCAUUGCCAAAGCAUUCCAGCACUCAGCUCUCAGUACGUACGUCCCAGAAAUGCAGGAGACGGUGCACAAUUUCAUCCGAACGUGGUGCGACAAGGGGCGCAUCCUCGGCUACCCGGAGUGCAGGACCUUGGCCUUCAGCAUCACCUCGAAGGUUCUCCUGGGCUGCGACUUCACACAGAGCAAAGACGUCGAAGAGGCCCUUGCCAACUUUGAAGAUAAUCUGUUUUCUUUCCCGGUGAACAUACCUGGCAGCGGAUUGCACAAGUGCACUGGGGCUCUUGCUCUCCCAGUCCCCGCAAGGCAGUCUCAGCCAGACAGAGCUUCGAAACAUUGCCCUAGAACUGCUUUUCGCUGGCCACCAAACUACCGCCAGCGCCGCCUGCUGCCUGAUGAUGCAUCUUGGCAAGAAAACCGAAGUUGUAGACAGAAUCGCCGAAGAACUCUACGACCGUCAUCUCUUCCAAGAGGCCAAUUUCAAUACCCAGCUGAAUCUGGACGCCAUAAGUGA